AUGUCUGAGGGUAACAUGGAGCAUGGAAAGGUGCCUGGAAAUGCAGUGGCUAGGUUGCAGCCUGCAAGAGGGAACAACUUAAGCAUGAUGGACAAAAAAUUGAAUCUUUUGAAUGAAAAGGUAGAUAAAUUAUUGAGUUUCCAAGAAGACUUGAAUGGCAAGCUGCAAAAGGUGAACCGAGGCAUUGAUGACAUAGGAAAGAACAUUGAUAAGUUAACAGCAUCCCAAGCAUCCACUGCUCAGACUGAUACAACAAAAAGAGGCCUAAAACCUGGGGACAGUAUUCACCCGUCUGAGACUGAAACUGCGUGCUCAGAAAUGUUGAAGCUGAUGAGAGCUACACAGCAAGAUGCCUUGAAGCACAGGGAGAGGCUGGAAAAGAUAGAAAAAAUGGUUGAUACUGUGGAUAAAGUAAUUACAUUUGUGGGAGAGACAUUCAAAAAUUCUAAAGUAGUGGAUUUCAUUCUGAGAGGCAUUGUACCCUGGAAGAAAGGGAAUCUGGUUGAAAUCCUAAUGGAGACUAACGAUAAACCGGAAGAGAAGGUUGCAAAACCAAAGCAUGUACCUAGCAACAGAGGAGUCCAGGCCGAAAGCAAGGAGUCUUUGGAAGAGCCCAAAGGAGAAGAAAAGUUGGAUGAAAAUAAUGGAGCAUGUGAAAAAGUAAACUCUUUCAAUGCUGUAGUCUCCAAAGUUGACUCCAGUCCACAAGUUAAAGAAAGGACAACACAGCUGCAAACAAUAGCAGGUUCUGGCAAAACAAAUAGCUCUAAGAAUUGUCAACCACAAAAAGACACUGGAAUUAAAGCUUUGAUUCCAAACCAUGGUCUUCCCUUCAUAAAUCAUGGCCCUGUGGGGAACAAGAAUGUUAUUGCUGAAGCAAUUGAUAAGGACAGAGCACCAGGACUGGAAGAACACCACAGAAAGCCUAUUAAUCAGAAAUCAAAAGGAAGUGAAAACAAACCCUCUACACUCAGCGCUAUAUCCAUGGAAGCCGUGCCAUCCACAUCAAAGUCUGUAUCCAGAGCAGGGUGUGAAGUGAUACGUACAAGGAUUUCCAUCAAUGUGCAGAUGACUGACACCCAAGAAAAGAUUCCAGUGGCCAAAGAAGGAAGCCUUGGUGAUCACAGAGGUACAAGUUCCAAAGUAAAAUCCCCUCUCUCCUCACCAUUGGAAGUUGAAGGAGUUAAACAUCUGAUUGACAAAUUUAAACACAAUCCAUGCCCUCCAAACACCAGAACUGACCCAGUUCAAGAAGUAAAAGGGGUGAAGCUUGCUAAUAAACACAAUGAACAGGAACCCAAAUUAGGGAAGCCACAGAUGCUAUUGAACAAAGUCUCAACUGAUAAAAAGCCCCUAGAGAAAUCAGAGCUAAAAUGCAAGUCCAUAUCCUCUCAAAGCACAACUGAAAACGAUACUAAAAAAGAUCUUGGGGCCAAAAUAAAAAGCCAUAAAGAAACAACAAAGACAAUGAAAGAAUCCACAAAUGAUGCUAGAUCUGAAUUAGAAUUAGAAAGCACAUACGCAGGACAAAAAGAAGACAAUGCAAAUCAAUGUACAGGAGAGGCCCCAGAAAACACUACAUCAGUAGAAGCCAGCAAAGCAUUUGGCAAGCAGGAUGAAGUAAUCAUUGAUGACAGCCCUCCUCCUCCUGCUCCCUUUGAACAUCAAGUAGUGAGCGUCAAACAAACAGAGAUAACAACGUGCUACUCAGUGUGCCGGCAUGAAGUAUUAGGAGGGGGGCGUUUUGGUCAAGUUCACAAGUGCACAGAGGUGUCAACUGGUCUUAAUCUGGCAGCCAAAAUAAUAAAAGUGAAAGGAGCAAAGGAAAGGGAGGAAGUGAAAAAUGAAAUAAACAUCAUGAACCAGUUAAAUCAUGUGAAUCUGAUCCAGCUUUAUGACGCUUUUGAAUGCAAGAACAACCUCACCUUGAUCAUGGAAUAUGUUGAUGGUGGUGAAUUAUUCGACCGAAUCACAGAUGAAAACUACCAUCUAACUGAGUUGGAUGCAAUCCUUUUUACCAAACAAAUAUGUGAAGGAGUCCACUACAUACAUCAGCAGUAUAUUCUCCAUUUAGACCUGAAGCCUGAAAACAUAUUGUGUAUAAAUCGCACUGGAAACCAGAUUAAAAUUAUUGACUUUGGUUUAGCUAGGAGGUAUAAACCUCGUGAGAAGCUGAAAGUUAAUUUUGGCACUCCUGAAUUCCUGGCUCCCGAAGUGGUGAACUAUGACUUUGUUUCGUUCCCAACUGACAUGUGGAGUGUAGGCGUCAUCACGUACAUGCUGCUCAGUGGCUUAUCACCAUUCCUAGGAGAAACGGACGCAGAGACAAUGAAUUACAUAGUGAACUGCAGCUGGGAUUUUGAUGCAGAAGCAUUUGAACACCUCUCAGAAGAGGCAAAAGACUUUAUUUCCAAACUCCUUGUGAAGGAGAAGAGUUGCAGGAUGAGCGCAGCACAGUGUCUGAAACACGAGUGGCUAAAUGAUCUGCCUGGCAAAGCCAAGAAAUCCAAGCUUUGCCUGAAGUCCCAGUUGCUGCUACGGAGUUACAUGGCUCAUAGAAAAUGGAAGAAACAUUUCUACGUGGUAGCUGCUGCCAAUCGGCUGAGAAGGUUUCCGAGCAUGUCUGUCAACCUUGCAUAAGCUGCUGUGGAAGAGCUAUAGGCAUUAGAGCUAGAGAUGAAGCAGAGAGAAAAGGACUGGAUGUUUCUCUCUCUUCCCCCACCACUUCUGCCAUCCUCAUGUUAUGUAUCAUGUGUGUGUUUAGAUACCAGAACUGUCUCAGAGCACAACAACAUAGAAUGAAUUUUACUAAUCUUUAUAAAACAGGGGUUUCCAUAGUUCUGUUUUACAAGCUCUCAGCUACUGGACAUAGUGAUACAUAAAUAUUCCUGAUAUAACUCCACUUAUAGCUAUGAUGAUAUGCUCAUAAUUAGCAGCUAAAUUCCUUGAGUGAGACCCAUUUCGUUUGGAAGUCUUUGAUUAUUUAUAUAAAUCCAAAGGGUGGAGUAUAGCAGCAAGCACCUGGUCAGCAGCAGUGGGAUACCUUAAGACUUUCUAUCUUAAUGAGAUGCUGUACUAUCACUUUUAGGGCAUUGCCACAGUGGUGAUAGAUUUGGAGGGAUAAUA